AGCUGUGCUGACAUUCGUGUACUUGGUAGACGAACAACUUCCAACACGUAUACGCCAAAUUCGACAUCAGUUAAAUCAUCUAGUGACAACCAUGGUGCUGCUGGCAGCAGCGGUAUGCAACAAGUCGGGGAAAGCAAUCAUCUCACGACAGUUCGUUGAGAUGACACGCUCCCGUAUAGAAGGCCUAUUGGCUGCCUUCCCUAAGCUGAUGAACACAGGCAAGCAGCACACAUUUGUGGAGACAGAGAGUGUACGAUAUGUGUACCAACCACUAGAGAAGCUCUAUGUUGUUCUGAUAACCACAAAGGCCAGUAAUAUAUUGGAGGAUCUGGAAACUUUAAGACUGUUUGCCAGAGUAAUACCAGAGUACUGCAGAAACAUGGAGGAAAGUGAUAUCGUAGAUCAAGCCUUCCCUCUCAUCUUUGCAUUUGACGAGGUGGUCGCUUUAGGUUAUCGAGAAAAUGUCAACCUGGCACAAAUUCGUACAUUUACAGAAAUGGACUCGCAUGAGGAGGCUGUAGCAAAGUCUGUUCGAGAGACACAAGAAAGAGAAGCCAAGGAUCUAAUGAAAAAGAGAGCCAAGGAACUUCAGGCACAACGGCGCGAUGCCCAGAAAAGUGGGGGCCGCAGUGCUGGAUUUGGUGGUGGGUUUGGAAGUUCAUCCUAUUCAUCUUCAUCCCAAAGUUCUGUCAUGGACACACCUACCGACACACCUAAGCCCUCAUACACAGCACCUGCCAGCCGACCGACAGGUGGAGGAAAAGCCUUGCGUUUGGGAAGUAAGAAGAAGGAUGUAGACACAUUUGUUGGACAGCUGGAGUCAGAGGGAGAAAAAGUAUCCAAGGCAACAACAUCCCUGUCUUCAACAGUAGCCAAAGCCAGUACACCAGCAGUAGACCAGGAUGGAGUCCACAUUGCAAUAGAGGAAAAGAUCUCCGUAUCUGCAGGUCGUGACGGUGGCUUACAGAAUAUGGAGAUACAUGGAAUGUGCAAAGUCAAGGUGAAUGACUCUGAUUGUGGUCGUAUCAAGAUCAACAUGGUGAACAAUGACCAGAGAGGCAUUCAGAUGCAGACUCAUCCAAACAUAGACAAAAAAUUGUUCAACUCAACAUCAUGUGUAGUUCUAAAGAACCCAGACAAACCUUUCCCUAUUGGCCAAGAUGUGGGUGUUCUUAAGUGGAGGUUCCAGACACAAGAUGAGGCUUUCAUGCCUUUGUCAAUAAACUGUUGGCCAAAUGAGACACCAGAUGGCUGUGAGGUGAAUAUUGAGUAUGGCCUAGAACAGCCUUCACUGGAACUGCAAGAUGUACUCAUCACAAUUCCUCUCCCGUCGGGUGUUGGUGGACCAGUUGUCGGAGACUGUGAUGGCGAAUAUAAUUAUGAUAGUCGAAAAAACCAGCUACAGUGGUCCCUUCCUGUAAUAGACAAAUCCAAUAAGAAUGGCACUCUAGAAUUCAGUAUAGCCGGUCAUCCCGAUGAUUUCUUCCCUGUCGACGUGUCAUUUGUGUCCAAAUUAUCAUACUGUGAUUUACAGAUUUCGGAGGUCGUGAUGUUGGAUGGUGAACAACCAGUUAAAUAUUCAUCAGAAACGCUGUUUUAUGUGGACAAAUAUGAAUUUGUGUAGGAAUCAUGAACUAUUCUAAUUUCUUUUGUUUAUUGAGACAUUGGCAGCAGUCUGGUGCACUUGAUAUGUAUCUUUGGGGGACUUAGUGGCAGACUAGCUCAUACAAAAGCCAUACAUCAGACAUAAUCCAGAUGUUCUGCAAAAGGUCAUCUGUUUCUUUUCUGCUUUUGAAGGACAUUGAGCCCUCGCUGAUCACUAUAAACACAGACUGGCUGUAGCUGCCAAAAAGGCGGCAGAUUGUAUUUAAGAAUAUUUCUGCCACACAUCGUUCGGUUUUAAAAAUCAGACAUGUAAACCAGUGCAGGAUUUGAAUGUACUGGAUUUGUACACUACAAACUGAAAGAGACAACAGAAAGUGCUGAAAGGUUUGCAACUGAAAGUCAUGAAGCAUCAUAUAAAUUAAGUAGUGCAUGUUUAUAAUAUUCGUCAGUUUAUUUAACACAAACUGAUGUGUAUGUUUUUGUCCCAUUGUCAAGGUGUUCAUACAUGACAAUGAUAUCUUUUACCUUCAAAUCAAUUAUAUAUCGAAGGUUUGGAGGGUAUUCCUAGAAAUGGUUAAGGCUGUGCUUAGAAUUAUCACAAACAAGAAAUUUGAGACAAUGCUGGGUGAGGUUUUUUUGAACACCUGUGGACUGAGUAUCAAUUAGAUGCUUAGGUGCAAUGAUAUAUGUUCUUCACAGGCCAAAUUUCUCCUUAAUUGUCGGGCUUUGUUGGAGGGGUAGGGGUGGAUUCAAAUCAUACUUUGUGAACAAGUGAUAUCUUCAUCUCAUAGGAUCAGGUCUUUAUUUAUGUGUGAAAGGACUGUAAUGCAGCUGUUCACGACUAAAAAAGGAUAUCAUCUCUUUCGUUGCAGCGGUCAGAGGAUACAGUGAGAGAUGGUUGUUUUAGACCUAUGAGGAAGGUAUUUAUAUCUGUUUGAAGGCUGGACACUUAUUUAUCUCUGUAGAGGCUCAGGGAAUUUGCCUCCAACACAUUAUAUUAGAAAAGUAUAUUUUGCAUAGAGGCCAUAUGUAUACUAGCUAUUUACAAAGACGGUAUUCCAUUAUCAGGGAAAGGGUUUGGAGGAGGUCAGACUUUACCUAUUUUCAUUUGAGGACUUGUCAAGGCUUUCAUUCCUAAUGAUUAACAUUGGUUCAAUUCACAUAUUUAAGCCCCUGAGUUUGGAAUAAUGUCUGAAUAUUUUUUCUUGGCUCUGAAUUCAGCAACAUAAUUUUGUCACUAAUCGGAAUAAUGAUUAAUUUUAGUCUGUGAAGCAUUGAAAAGAGGAUAUUGAAGUUGCUGACAGGAUACAGGAGAGAACAGAAAUGUGAAGCUAGUAUGCUAGUGAAGGGAACUUCAAGUAUACACACAGGUGUAAGAGACAGGAAACGGUUCAAUAAUGGGGAGGUUGUUUUUUUAAUUAGAAUUAGAUGGUUGAGUGGAGGAA